AUGUCGGACAUUUCGGAUAUUGAAAAGCAACAAAAGCAGCUCGAGGAUGACAUCAGCAAGCUGCAGAGUGCCCUGAAGCACUGGCAGACUUGGGAUGCCGAGUAUGAGAUGCUCAAGGAAGAGGUUCAGUCUACUUGCAAGAAUGGCGACACUGAACUCAAGACAAUCCACGCCGGGUUUGAGGGUGAGCUACUGAAGGAUCGCGAACUUGAUGAGAUUUUCGGCGAGAGGACACACCGAUCUAGCGAGCAGAUCUUGAAUAUCCUUGAACGUCGCAUCGAUUAUGUUACUACAAACAUCGCAAAUCUACAGAAGCAAAUCAGCACUGCCGAGGAUAAACUUACCGAGCUGCAACCAGAUCUCACUGAAGAUGACGGUCUACCGAUGACAGAAAUUAUCGAGGAGCUUGACGAAGAUGACAAUGUCAUUUCGUACAAGCUGAAUCAGCCUGACAGCGCGUUGCCUGCGAUCGAGAAGGCCCUUGAAAAGGCCGGUAUCAAGGAUUCUGAGAAUGAUGACUCUGCCUCACCCGCAGAGAGUUCUAAACAGAAAGAACCUGUAUCUAAGCCCGAGCCCGUGUCUGCUCCAAAGCCUGCGCCCGCGCCCGUACCUGAAGCCUCGUCCUCAAAGCAGACUGUUUCUCAAGAGACAGAUCUUCAGGCCACCAAGCUCGCACCUUCUGCCAGCAAAGGUGUCUCAUUUGCUGGAGAUACUAAAAUGCAAGACGGCCCCACGCCCCAAGUCUCGCGUAAUGCUAAGCGUGUUGAAGAGAUCAUGAACCAUGCCAAAGAGCAGGAGAAGAUCACUAACGACCAAGCGUACAUCCCCGACGAUGAGGAUGAGGAGGACGCAGAGUUACGGCGACAGAUGCUCGAAUACUCUGGCGAAGUUGGCGCUGUUGUUGCUGAAUUGCAACUCGAAGAGGGAGACAGCGACGACGAUGAAUACGAUUAUAGCGACGACGAAGGCUUCGAAGAUGACGAUGACCAGGAAGAUAAGUAUGGCCGAUACACGGGCCGCGUCGUUACGGAUGACUACCGUGAGAGGAUGCUUGAGCUGGAAAAGAAGCUAGGCAUCAAGUCGCGUUUCACUGAACGGCCAGAGGACAAAGACGCCGAGUCGAGUGCAGAUGAAGAGGAUGGCGGUAAAGAGGAGGGUAUUGGACGUAUUGUUAUAAAGCCGACUGCUGCGACGACAACGCCAUCACCGCCAGCCUCGGCCUCAGCGUUGAAACCUGCGCCCACCAAAUCAAAUAUUAAGGAGAAGCAACCGGAAACGACCAACAGCAAGAAGGGCGUGCGCUUUGCUUCCAGUCUGGAUAUUGCACAGGAGAGCGAACCCACAUCUCUCCCUGUACAAGAAGAUUCCAUUGUGGAAAAGGAACCUAUAGUGGAACCGUUGAGUGACGUUAUUGUCGAGCGUUCCACAUCCCCCAAGGCUUCCGAUACCACACCCGCCAAGUCCACACGCAAACCAUCGCGGUUCAAGAAAACGAGAGACACUGUUCCUCCUGGACCUCUUGAUGUGCCCGCCAAAUUCAUCGAUCAAGAUCGACCUACAGCACCUACUGGCCCUGACGGUACAACACUGGCUGACAAAUUAGUCGAGCGUGAACCUACAAAAGCUGCUCAACCACCCAACGAAUUCGAUGACGAACUCAUGUUGCAAGAAGUUGCGGAUGAGCACCAUAAACUGCGAAAGAAGUUCAUUCAGCGAGAAGGUGGGUUCCUCAAAGAAGACGAAUCUCCCAUACAGCCUCUGGAGGAGCAGGAUGGUGGACGAGAACGCGUCAGUCGCUUCAAGGCGGCCAAGCUUGCGAAAUACUAA